AAAGUUAAUGAAUUUCUAAUCAUGUUUGCGCUUUAAUUUAAGUAUAAUAAAAUGUUAUAAAAUAUUUUUUCAUAAAAGCAGGUGUAUUUAAAUUCACAAAUACUCAAAUACAAAAUGGCGCAAUAGAAGUGUGCUCUUAGUGCAAGUAAAACGAAGCGAGGAAAAUAAUUUAUUUUUCUAUGUGUAAUAGACUUGACUGAAAUUAAGAAUUUUGAAAAUGUCUAUGCGACCUGAUGAUCAUAGGAGAAAAUGGAACAGAGAAGAGUACGAAAGAAUAGCACUUCAGCGUCUUCAGGAUGAGAUUGCUGAAGAAGAGUUGGGAAUUCCAAAACAACCUGCAGUAAAAAGAGAGUUGCUCAAACAAAGGGAUUAUAAAGUUGAUCUUGAAUCUAAAUUAGGAAAAAGUGUUGUUAUUAAUAAAAAUACACCAUCAUCACAAACUGGAGGGUACUACUGCAAUGUUUGCGAUUGUGUAGUCAAGGAUUCUAUUAAUUUCUUGGAUCAUAUCAAUGGCACAAAACAUCAACGUAACUUGGGUAUGUCAAUGAAAAUAGAACGAUCUACAUUAGAGCAGGUUAAAGCACGCUUUGCAACGAACAAAAAGAAAUUAGAAGAAAAAAAGAAGGAUUAUGAUUUAGAACAGAGAGUAAAAGAAUUAAAGGAAGAGGAAGAGAAGAUAAAAGAGUACAGAAAGGAGAAGAGGAAAGACAAGAAAAGAAAAAUUGAAGAAAUCAAUGAAGAUAAUGGUGGACCUUCAGAUGAAAUGGCAGCGAUAAUGGGUUUCUCAGGUUUUGGUUCUAAAAAAAAGUGACAAUGAGAUACUAUCGGAUUAUUUGAUGAAAAAUUGCCUUCUGAAGAUGUAUCUUAAGAAAAGACUAUGAUGUUAUUAAUUUCUUAAGAAAUGUUUCAUUUGAGAAUUAACAUUGAACACUACAAGAUCAUGGAUAAAAAAGACUGAUCUUAUUAUAAAGAUUUAUCUUUGAUAUCAAUAUUUAAGUUUCAAUAUAAUGUAAUUUAUUUCCUUUUUCUUGCAUGAUCAGUGUUUAAAUGAAUAGAUAAUUUUUAUCUAUAUCUGAUAUAACGAACAGCAAUUCAUUUUCUAACACAAUGAAAGUAUGUUGAUUUAGCAUAUAAAACAGUAAAAUCACUAUGGAAAUUAUGUGAAAUAGCUUUAGCCUUAUGAGUCAGUCGUCGUUAAUGUACUCUAGAUUUACUGCAAUACUAAAGUUAAGCUUUAUGAAGUGUAUUUACAGUUUUCCUGGACCAGCAAUGUAAUGAACAUUAUUUAAACAAUAUUGUAAUUUGUCAAUAAAAGUACAAGAUUUUAUAAACAUGGAA